CAAACAGCGAGUACUCACUCGACUCCGUUCGAGCUGCGUACAAUACAUGUACACAGGAUUCACGUAAAUCGGCAGGCCGGUCGGAUUGUAGAGCCACCUCGCGUUGCGUUUCUUGCUGGGACAAGGAAGAGUGUCAGCAGAGGGUAGAUCGACCGAUGGAGAGACACAUACAUACGGAGCAGUACAUGCGCCACCAGCCCUUCCUUCUGUAGUCUCUCUCUCUCUCCAUCUCGGCCAGGGCGUCCUCCCUUCCCCACACCCCUCUUUGCUUGCUUCUUUCCUUCUCCCUUUCACCCUUUCCAGUUGCCCACGCUCCCAUCUUUUUCACCAUCUCUCCUCCCAUCCCCUCCUCCCCUUGCCCUCCGGCCGCCCCCUUCCCUACUUGUACCAGCCCCUCUUUUCCAGUUUCAUCCUCUCCCUCCAAUUCCACUACUCUCUCUCUCUCUCGCCCACACCACACUCGGUGUGUGGGAGAGAGAGGAGGGAAGCAGCCUGGCUUUCUAGAGCUGCAUGCCUACAAUUCAGUACUGGUACUCUCCGCAAUUGCUAGUUCUACUAGUUGCCCUCCCUAUACAGUUCUACAAGUACGCAACCGCUGCAGGUAGCUAGCAGGGAACCAGCCGGCCGGCCAUACUAGUUCCUGCCUUGCUUCGGUGGCUGCUACCUGCAGGCGGUCAGUCCUUCCACGAACCGCCGCGUCCGCCGCGGCGGGGAAGGGGAGGUGGUGGCGGCGCCCGGUGCCAUGGAGACACCCAUGCAGCAGCAGAACGAGGGUGGCAGGUCCCAGUACGGGACCCUGCCGCCGCCGGACAUGGGGCCGUUCUCGCCGCCGGCUGCUUCCGGCCCCAUGCCGCUCAGCAGCAGGCGCCCGACGACGCAGCCGCAGGCACCGCAGCAGCAGCUGAGGACGAGCUGCGGAGAAUUGGCCGCUGCAUCUGGGGCCAGCGCCGGCGGCUUCCCGGACGACGAGAUGCUGGGCGACGCCGGCGCCGGCGGGUCUGGUGCGUCCGGCAACCGGUGGCCGCGCGAGGAGACGGUGGCGCUCAUCAGGAUCCGGUCGGAGAUGGACGCCACCUUCCGAGACGCCACCCUCAAGGGCCCGCUGUGGGAGGACGUCUCCAGGAAGCUUGCGGAUUUGGGCUACCAGAGGAGCGCCAAGAAGUGCAAGGAGAAGUUUGAGAACGUGCACAAGUACUACAAGCGCACCAAGGAAGGCCGCGCCGGGAGGCAGGACGGGAAGAGUUACAGGUUCUUCUCGGAGCUAGAGGCGCUGCAUGCAGCCGCGGCGCAGCCACAGCCGCCGCCGCCGCAGCUGUUUCCGCCAGCAAGCAGCGCCCCACCGCUGCACGCCUUCGCAGCUCUAGCAUCUACGGAGCCGCAGAUGAGUACAUUCCCGCAGCCAACGCGGCCGAUGCAGCCGGCGCCCAUAUCUUCGGCGGCGCUGAACCCGGCGCCCGUGGAGCUGCCCCCGGCUCAGCCCCUCAACAUGCAAGGUUUCAGCUUCUCGUCCAUGUCGGACUCGGAGUCGGACGACGAAUCCGUGGACGACGACAUGACGGCGGAGACGGGCGGCAGCCAAGACCGCCUCGGCAAGCGCAAGCGCAGCGGCGGCGGCAGCAAGAAGAUGAUGUCUUUCUUCGAGGGGCUCAUGCAGCAAGUCGUCGAGAGGCAGGAGGAGAUGCAACGACGGUUCCUGGAAACUAUGGAGAAGCGGGAGGCGGAGCGCGCGGCGCGGGAGGAAGCGUGGCGCAGGCAGGAGGUGGCCCGCCUCAACCGCGAGCAGGAGCAGCUCGCUCAGGAACGCGCCGCCGCGGCCUCCCGCGACGCCGCAAUCAUCGCCUUCCUCCAGCGCAUCGGAGGGCAGUCCGUACAGCCCCCUACCGCCGUCGUCGUCCCAAUGCCAGCUCAGACCCCACCGCCUCCAAAACAACCUCCUCGGCAGCAGCAUCCACCGCCGCCGCCGCCAUCACAGGCGACACCGCAGCCGAAGCCAAUCUCAGCGGCGCCACUCCAGCAGCAGCCGCCACAGCAGCAGCACAAGGAAACGUCGCACCACGACGUCGGCACGCCGCGUAGUAAAACCCCGACGUCUGGCGCGUCACUCGAGCUGGUGCCCGUCACGGAGCAGCACGUCGAUUCCGGGUUAGGAGGAGGGGAGGGCGUGGCGGCUUCCUCGUCGCGGUGGCCCAAGACGGAGGUGCACGCGCUCAUCCAGCUGCGCAUGGAGAUGGACAUGCGCUACCAGGAGACAAGUCCCAAGGGCCCGCUCUGGGAGGAUAUCUCUGCCGGGAUGCGGCGGCUGGGAUACAACCGGAGCUCGAAGCGGUGCAAGGAGAAGUGGGAGAACAUCAACAAGUACUACAAGAAGGUGAAGGAGAGCAACAAGAAGCGGCCCGACGACUCCAAGACCUGCCCGUACUUCCACCAGCUCGAGGCCAUCUACCGCAAGAAGCACCUCGGCAGCGGCGCAGCCGCCUCCGCAACCAAUGUCGUCGUCGCUGCCGCUCCGGCCCUCCCUGAGCCGCUGAACCCGAGCCCGCACGAGAUAGAAGGGAAGAACAUCAACGAUGACAAGGGGAACAACGGAGGAUCAGGUGGAGGCGCUCAGGUGCCGACCAGCAACGGAGAGACAGUCCCGACGACGACAACCGCAUUCGACGUCGACAGCGGCAUGAAGAAGCCAGAAGACAUCGACAGGGAGCUGACGGAGCAGCCGCCCCUGGAGUUCACGACGGACGAGACGGACAGCGACGACUACACCGACGACGGAGAGGAAGGCGAGGACGACGGCAAAAUGCAGUACAGGAUACAGUUCCAGAGGCCGAACCCGAGCGGCGCCAACAGCUCACCAGCACCGGCAACGACGACAGCACCAGCGGUGCGGACCUCGGCUCCGACGAACACUUUCCUCGCCGUUCAAUAGGGGCGCGCGCGCGCGGCACCCCCCCCCCCCCCCUAAACCGUACGUAUAUGCGUUCAAAACAAAAACCUGCGAGCAUCGCUAUCACCGAUUCACCGUCAUCUCCUUCACCAGUCCACCACGCACCAUCAGUCCAUCACCAAACAACACUGUUUCUUGUUCAUCCUGUAAUUCCCCCGUGCCAUUCCAUUAUUUAUUGAUUUGUUUAAUGUAAUAAGGGUUGUUCGUUUUUUUAAGCCAAAAUUUGGUCAGAGAUUAAAUCGGAUUAGUAUUAAA